CCGAAGCCAUUGGGUUUCAGAGAUUUCAAUAGAAAAUUCUCUAUUAGUUUCAAUUUAAAAUCUUCCGAAAAUAGCAUGACAAUGCUGCCGCGCUUGCAAUUACUGUUGUUGGCUGUUAUUAUCACUGUAAUCAGCAAAGAUGCAAAGCUCACGACCGCCAAUGUGCUUUUCCGUUUCGCCUUCGAUUUUCAUGUAAAAUCUGGUAACGAUUCAGCCGAGACCCAUGGCGGUGUUUUUAAUAAAACUUGGAUUUUUGAAAACAAUCACAUUACCGUGAAAAAUAACCUCAGUCCAGAUGAGUCAGUAGAGGAAGAAUUAAUAAGUCAAACCGAAAAUGCGCCGUCGGAAACCUCUACUGUCGGACCACUUAGAUCGAUGGCUGACUUUUGGGCACAGCAACGGAAUCUCAAUAGCGCAACGGACAGGAAAUUAAGAGAAAUCGUUGAUACGUUAACCAAAAUGAAUCAGGAGAUUACAACAGUGGUUGGACGUAGUGAUUUUGUAGCUUCUAAGGUGAAACUAAUCACACGCUAUCUGAAUAUUUUGGACGCAGCGGCCGCAGAGGAGUUCAGCUCAAAUCUGACCACAACCCAUACUAAAUUUGACUAUUUGCGAAAAUUCAUUAAAUUGGCUGACAAAUUGAAGGAGCCUCCAGCCGGCGUAGAAGGUGGUGAACGCACAUUGGACUAUGUGCUGAUGAAAAUGGCACUGGAUAAAUACCGUAUUGCGCAGUUGCGAGUAGAGGUGGAUGAACAGGUGACGGUGGCAGAAGAUGCAUGGCAACAGUAUGUUAAAUCGAAACUGGUUGAAGUAGACGUUUAGGGCGAGACCGCGUGUGAUGCUAUUAAUGAGGAAAUACAUAUUUCUAUGUACACACAUAUAUUAUGUAUCAGAAUGUGUAAUAAAAUA